AGAAGAGGAGCCGCAGCCCGCGGCGCCGGGAAGGAGAACGGGGAACGGGAAAAAGUUCGAGUGGCCGCGCAACAGGUCACAUCGUCAGCAACCUUCCCGGGCUGCAUCCCUCCCUCCUGCCAGGUAGACGUUAAUGAGGGCCCUGGCUCCGCAUCCCGCCCAGCGCUUGACGCACACACAGUAGGCACCUCAGUGUCGCCAGGACAGCCAGCCUGCGGGGGGCGCGGCCUCCCUCCCCAGCGGGGAGGGCGGGAGCAGAGGCCAGGGCGCCCCCACCCGGACGCUCCUGGGGGAGGGGGCGCGGACGGGGAGGACUUAAAGCGGGGAGGGGGAAGGCGGAGGAGGAGAGCGCUCGAGGACCGCGAGUUGGAGUUGGAACAAUCCGUAGCGGCCCAAGCAUGAAGCGCAAGCGAGAGGAAGGUCCCGAGGUUCAGUGGCUGCCCGAGGGCUUCUGCGAGGGCGAAGACAACCGCCCCCGGGCCGCGGCCCCGACCCGGAGCAGGAGCCGGAGCCGAAGCCGCAGCCGCAGCCGCAGCUCCAGCCCCAACCCGGGCGCCGGCCCCAGCCCCUCGGGGCAAUCCGAGCGGCCCCAGCUGCCCCCGAGCUCGCUCUUCAACCUGUCUCUCCUCAAGCUCCACUAUGGCCUCCGGCAGGUCGAGCCCAACCUCCGACACAUCGUGCUGGUAGUGAACACCCUGCGGCGUGUCCAGUCGUCCAUGGAUCUGCAAGCGGGCCCCCCGGAGCCCCCCGGCCCGGCCCCUCCUCAGCCAGCCGCCCCGGCCGCGCAGGCCACCCCGCCGGGCAGCCCGCGCUCCCGCCGCCGGGCCACCGGGAGUCGGUCCCCGGGCACCAGCGACCCCCGCAGGGCAGCUACGGAAAAGCGCCCCAAUGCCUGAGGCUCCGGCCGGCCGGCCGGCCCUCCCACCGAGGCCUCCGAGAGCCGGCCUGUUUUCCGGACCUGGACGUCGCUCCCCAGCCAAGCGCCGCGUCCCGUCCGAUUCCCGUACGGUCCUGUCUGAUUCCCGUACGAGCCUGUCCGAUUCCGGCCCGACCCGUCCGAUCCCGGCCCGCCCGAUUCCGGCUCAGCCCGUCAGAUCCCGUCCGACCCCGGCCCGUUCCGUCCAGUCCCGGGCCGGGUCGGGCCGGUCCGUGCCGUCUCAUCCCGGCCCGCCCCGCCCCACCCCGCCCCACCCCACCCCGGCUCGACCCGUCCAGCCCGGUCCCGCCAGCUCCGCAUCCACACCGGUCCAUCCACGAGCGGGACCGCGGACGAGGUCGAGCCCAGCUCCGAGGUCCCGGGGGGGAGGGGGGUCCCAGGGGCCAGACCAGAUCAGACCCGGCUGACGUUUGGCUCCCGGGACCCGUCGGGGAGAUCCGCUCCAGCCCGCCGCCCGAGAGCGGCGAGAAGGAGAGAAGGCCCAUCGAGAUGUCCCGCCUGCGGCGGCGGGCCCACACGCUGUUCCACGACACGGGACAGGCCCCGACGGGCACCUCGCGGGAAGGAGCCGGAGCGGAGGACACCCCAACCCAGAAGCAGCGAGAGAAGACGACGCGGCGAGAUGUGUGAGCUGAUCCGCGCCACCCCACCCGACCCCUCCCCCCCACCGCCUCGCCUGCACCCCACUGACCGGGACUCGGAUGGUCCCCCCCACCCCCCACCCCUCACCCCCGGACGGCCUCCAGGCUUGGAGGCCACGGUCCUGACGGAGGAAUCGAGGUUUGGGUGGCGACUUGCCACCUUCGUGCCCGCAGAGGGCUGGUCGCCCCAUCCCCCCCACCCCAGUUUCAGUGUUCUGACAGACCCCAGCAACUGAGGUCCCCCAAUGUUCUAGCCCGGGGGACCCGAUUGCGAUCUGCGUCGGUUAAAGGCUGUAUUCGAGCCGACGAUAUCACAGAUCUGGUUGUUUGUUUGUUUUCUGGUUGACUUAGACGUAGAAAAAAAAAAACAAAAAAAACCACAAAUAGUUAGAAGUACCUUUAAGUGUAUAAAGCUUGCAAAAAUGUUUCAGGGAUAUAAAUGGUUAAAUGCUGCUGUAGAUUUUUCGUCCAAAUUUGCUAUUUAUUUUAUAGGAACCGAUAAGAUUUUAAAUUGUGUCUCUUUGCUACUCUUCUUUUAAUAGAUGUAAUGAUAAAAAUAUUGGUUUAAAUGUGGUUUUUUUUUUGUUUUGUUUUGUUAAAGGCUUUAUAAUAGAAAAAGAUAUUUAGAUGCUUUCACAUUAAGAAAAAAAAAUCUUGGGUUCAGGAAAAAUUGAAACUUGUUUAAAAAAAAAAAAAAAAAGAUUGUGUCCAAAAGGCUGAAUUUGAUAUCUCCCUGGGUGUCUCUACUUAGUAUCUACCUGGUUGCAGCCUAAUGAGAUAGCAACCGAUUAGACAUUGCUCACCCAAACUCUAAUAAUCGAGUAUUCUUCUGCUCCCCCUUUUUCUUUUAAGAACAGCUGUAAUAAUUAGCAUCCAUGAGAAAUGUGGCUCUCCAGAUUAUUUCUCCCCUAUGCCAGCAGUGGGACCAUACUUUGCGACGCCCACAAUCCCUAAAGUCUGAGUAAUUUUUGAAACCAGCAACAGAUUAAAAUCUGUUCACCAUGUGCACCACCAAUGUGGAAUUCCCAUACUCAAAAUUAUUCUCAGAAUUGCAGCAGAAAGAAAAUUUGUGCUUCUGGUUAAGAUAGCUUGGAGAUCAGCAACUGGGUUUGGGAAGGAUAGUAGUAGCUCUCUGUAUUUUUGUAUUAGCAGCAGUAGGAAGUGUACACCUGUGAAAAUGUGUCCCCCCCCACCCCCCAUUAUUUUUAAGAAAGGAGAAGUACCGAUAGUUGUGCUAGUUCCAGUUGAAGAAUUCUGACCAUAAGCUCUAGAUCUUUUCUUUUAUUGUAUAAAUAUCAAAGUGUUCACAGCAUCUAAGCUAACUCCAAAUUAUAUAUUUUAUAAAUCCAAUAAAUAAAUAAGUAUUGUAUUUGA